AUGAUUUCUGUGACAGUUUGUGGUUUGGUGCUUUUUGCGGUCAUCUGCUCCACCCAAGCAUACAUAAACAUGGCAGAAGACACGGAAUGUGGUCUUGGAACUUCCAGGGACAGCAAAAUCGUGGGUGGAUCCGAGGCUGGUCGCGGGGAAUUUCCAUUCAUGGUAUCUUUGAGGCACCACGUCAAAGACCGCCAUUACUGUGGUGGAGCAAUCAUUAGCAAAACGCACAUUAUAACAGCUGCUCACUGCCUAGAAAGGGGUUUGGAUAAAUUCGUGGAAGUCGCAAUGCGAGAACACAAUGUGCUUUCGCCGGAAAAGGGCCUGGAUUCCUACCGUCUGCGCCCAACAAAGGUUUUUGUACACAGCAACUUUGACGCCAUCCGGCUCAACAAUGACCUGGCUCUCAUCAAGGUCAGAGAGGGUCUCAUACAAUGGGACAACUUCACGUCUCCGGUUUGCCUGGCUGACCCAAGCGGGGUCGACGAAACUGUCGGCACAGUGGCAACAGUCGUCGGUUGGGGUCGUCUCAGCGAAGGAGGAAAGAAGGCCGAUGUCUUGCAAAAGGUGGAAGUGCCGAUUUUGGAAAAUUCGGUGUGUCGAUCGAAGGUCAAAAAGUGGUUUGACAUCCACUCGGGUCAAGUUUGCGCCGGAUACGACUUGGGAGCCAAAGACGCUUGUCAGGGUGACAGUGGAGGUCCAAUGGUUGUCAGGAAAAACGGAAGAUUGAUUUUGAUUGGAAUAGUUUCCGCCGGAAUCGGAUGCGCAAAACCAAAUUUGCCUGGAGUCUAUACAAGAGUUUCACAUUACAUGGACUGGAUUAAACAGCAAGUCAACUCGUGA